AGCUGUACAAAAUAAAUUACUUCCGGCAACACUUUUCACUAUGACGUAUCCCUAAUAAUUCUGGCUAAUAAUUUGUUUUAUAAUUUCUCUGGUUUCGCGCAAUAUGAACUGGAUGGGCGGCGUUCAAAACAAAAUUGGGCGCAACAAGAAAGAACAACAAAAACAAAAGGAAUUUUUUGAGCGACGACGAGUGCAGAAGGUUAUAGGGAGGGGUACCACUAGAGGGAAACACGGAGUUAGUAGAGAUAUUUUAAACCUUGCGUGCGUGUCGAGGUUUACUAAACAUCCGUUCAAUAUUGAAAACAGAGAGACCAGUUCAGAGCGUUUGGAAAAGUUGAGGAAAAAACGACCAAAAGAAGACAAAUUUCAAUUCAACCAAAAAUACAAACGUGUAUUUCUCUCAUCUGGGGAUUCCCCACCAAAUAUCAACCAAUCAAAGAUAGAAUUAGAUGACGGAAAACAAGAAAUGAAUAAAAACAACCCGACAACAACUACCUCACUAUGGACUCCAUUUAUGACAGAUGAAGAUUUCAAAACCAUUCUCCCAUCUCAUCAAUCAACACCCAUGCCACAGGUUCAGCCAGGAAGAUACCAUCAUAACUAUCCAGCCUCCCCUCCCCAUGCGUCGCACUCUAUGGUUAAAACAUCUUCACUACAAGUUAACAGGAACCACUCAAGCGUAACAAACACCUCAGAUUACUUCUCCAUUCAACCGGAACCAACUUUUGAAAGAUCAAUACAGGGGAAUCCCCUCAAUAUGACACACCAUGUAGGGGCUUCCCCCAAUGAGAUACCACGAGAACAAAGUCCACCAAAUGUGAAACGGAUUGUUACCUUCAAUGAUGUGUACCAGGACGAUGUUAGAGGUGAACAUAUAUUCGAUGAUUCCCCACAGUUCACAGAUCAAGGUGUCUACAUCAACAAGAACGUUCACUUCCCAUCCCCCCAUAAACCAUGCAAGCAACAAACCAACAACAACCAUUCAAUUUUUAACGAUGACGUUCAUGGUUCAUCACACCAACAUUGUGAAACAAACUUGUUCGAUCAAGAUUCAAACUGGAUAGAACCGGAUCCAACCAGUUCAAACUACCAACCCUAUUGUGACCAACAAAGCUUGAAUAUGACAUCAUCAAUAUACAGUAUGACAUCAUCAUUGUAUGAUAAUACAUCAUCAGAAAGUAUAUCUGUUUAUCAAGAUUUGUCGCCCGUCAAACUAUCUAUGACAUCACAACGACGUAAUAUGACAUCACCACAACAACGAAGUAUGACAUCGUCACGACAGAAUAUGACAUCACCACGACGUAAUAUGACAUCACCACGACGUAAUAUGACAUCACCACGGUAUAAUAUGAUAUCACAAGCAACUAUGACAUCACCAACAAAACAAACUUUCCGUUACACGAUGACAUCACCAUGUAUGACAUCACAAUCCACCAUUCUACACGACAAAGCAUGUAGUCCGAUACAAUGGACAAGUUGCAAAGAGUUGAAAACAACAAACUAUGUUUGAUAGAAAGCUGUUUGUUCUUUAAUGUUUUUAUUACUUUCUUAAUUUAGAAAAAUAUUUUGACUAAAACUUUGUUCUUAGCGUAAACUUUGGUUUUAAAUAAAAUUCUUGAGAGUUUUUA